AAAAAAAACUCCACCUUCUUCUUGUUCAAUCUUUUUCAUGAAUUUCAAAAUAAUUUGUUUCGUGAUUCUGCCCAAGGAAGAAAAGAACGUACGGUUGUCGUGGUCGUCGUCGUCGUCGACGCAAAAAUACAACAUACGAUUCCCAAUAGAAGCAGCGACGAGCGAAUUAAAUUUUGUACUAACGAGUGAGACACAUAAAUUAAUAAAUCAACGAGAAAAUUAAAUCUUAUAUAGUUUUAUAUUUAAACAAAACCAAUUUUGUUAUUGUGAAAUAAUAAAAAAUAUAAAUACGGAGAGAGUAGGGCGCACCUGAUAAGAAAAAGGAAUAAAACACGCCUUUCCCGCACACCAUGGUCGCCUUUGUCGUCGACGUCGUCGUCGCUGUCGUUCUUUAGUGUUCUCUGCCAAAUCGAUUUGUUUCAGUGUCGUUGGUUUACUCUUUUGUAGAAGAAAACUUAUUUUUUCGUGUUUCCACGGAAAUCUGAAAUUAAUAAAAUUGAUUUUAUAUUCAAAUAGAUAUAUAUAAUCUCAAAAACCAGUAAAAUAAUGAUUCGCAAUUCGCUGUGUUGAAAAAUCAUGAUAUUCUAUCGAUGUUCGAAUGAGAGAAAUCGUGGUAAAUAAUAAGUUUAAACUAGGACAAAGUUUUUAUCGGAACGACCAAUAGAUAGAACCACCUUAAAGAGCCAAAGAGCCAACAAACACCUCCCUCAGAGAUAGAACCUUGGGUUUAAUUCGUUUUCGUUUUUAGACUCUGCAUUCGCAGUGUUAGGUAUUUUUGCAGAGGAAAGAAGAAUUUUAUAAUAAUAUUUUGUCUUGUGAACUUUCGUGAAUUGAGCGGCCGUAAAAAUGUCGCGAAAUCUUGUAAAUGGCAGCAGCAACAAUUCGGGUCGCAACAAGGAAAAACGCUUUUCCAUUCAUGACGCCUUCGAGGAAGAAACCGACGAAGCUAUUCGAGUUUAUGGAUCAACAGUGAUCUCUACUCCGAUGCGAGCCAAAACCCGAUCUAUAGAUGAUGUAACCAUUCGGAUUCAGGAUCCAAAAAAUUACAAAUAUGCCGACGACACAACAUCCCGGGAUAGUGACUCUCUUAUUCAAGAAUAUGGUAAUCUCCCAACAGACGAAACAAACACAUAUUGCUGGCGACAUCCGAAAGUUCGUGAAAACUGGCGAACAGUUUUAGCAGCUGUCACUCUGCUUAUCGUUGGAACUGGUCUCUUUGUGAUGGGAAUUUUUGCCGUACUUGAUCCAACAAAAACCUCUCAAGGUGUAGUGUUUUUUGUAGCAGGCCUAAUAUGUUUUAUUCCGGGAGCAUACCAUGUAGUAUAUAUUUGGUUAGCGGCAAAAGGCUAUCGAGGGUUUGACUUCUACCACCUACCGUUGUUUACAUAAAAUCAUGUUUCAAUAUUUGGCAGCUAUAAAAGAUGGUGCUGGAUCCAUCAUCGUCGCUAGAAACAAAAUAAUAUUUUUUUUUUAUUUUAAUUUUAUUUUAAAAAACGUUCUCGAAUCCUAGGAAAAAAGGAAAUCAUGUCUGAAGAUGUUUUUGAAAACGAUAUUUUAUUUGAAACUCAGAAUGUUCCGUCGGUGUUUUUUUUAAUUAUAGUGCAUUAUUAUUUUUAUAUGUAUCCCAAAAUUAUAUAAAAAAAAAAAGACUUUUUUUAAUUUAUGUAUUAAAACAAAAUAAUAUGUAUAAUUAAGAAUUUAGAAGUGAUUGGAAAAUUAUUGUUAUUAAUUUACGUAAACCUGAUAACUUAAAUUGAAAAGACUUAAGUUGAAACUGAGAUAAAAAUAAUAAAACAAAAAGAAAUGAGAUGAGAUGAAUGAAGAAAAAAAUUAACAAAACAAAUAACUCUUUAUUUAUAUUUAAAAAUAAAUAUCGUAAGAGUUUGUAGAAAAUAAAUUGUAAUUUUUAGUGUGUAAAUUAUUUUAUAUAUAAAUGUAUGUAACUUAUAGAAUUUAAAAAAAUAUAAUGAUAAAAUAAUAAUGUAACAAGAAAAAAAAAACAAGAAAAUAAGAAAAGAUAAAGAUGAAUAAUUAUACAACAAAAAGAAAAAAAAAAGAAAAAUUAAAUUAUAAUUUCUAUUUUAUUUUUUAGUUAAAACAAAAAUUUGAAAUAUGGCGUGAAAUAUGAAAGCGAACAAAAAGAAAGCAAAUGGUUGUAAAAUAAAAUUUACUUGAUUCAAGUAAAAGCUAACAUAAAAAAAUAUAUAAGUUUUAUUUCUUUUGUUGUUGUUCUUUGAUGCACAUUAAUGACUUACUUAUUAUUUUUGUUUUUAGCCUGAAUUUUAUUUUUCUAUCGAACAAGAUACAAAAAUAAGGGACAUUUUGACAGUUUUAUUAUUUAUUGGCUUUAAAAAGUUGCAGUUUAAAAGUUUCUUCACAAAUUGCAAGAAGUGGAAACCCAAAACAAGACAACUAGAAAAAAGAGCACUGCAUGUUUAAGGCUUUUGAAAUUGUGUAUUGCUUUGCUGCAAGAUGAUGUUCAAGAUGAAAUAUUUGGUACAAAAAUAGAACAAAAAAAAAGAAUUAUUACAAUUUUAAGUUUUUAGAAUUCUUUGAUGUAUCUUAAUGUCUUAAUAAAUUAAUGGCUGAAGUUUA